AUGAGCGUGUUCGGCGGCGACAGCUGGGCGCGUGAUGCGCAGCAGCGGAAGCGCCGCCUCGACGACCUCAUGCUACCGGCCCCGGCGUCCUCAUCUCCCUCGACGCCCGAAUCCUUCAGGAGGCUCCCCAACGGCAAGCUCGCCUGCCUCGUGUGCCCCAACCGCCCGGUCCUCGACUCCCCCCUUAUGCUCUCCAUGCAUAAUAAAGGUGCACGGCACAUCGCAGCAGAAUCUAGGCUGAGGGAGAAAGAACUAUCUAAGAAGCACGAAAUUAACAAGAGAAUGGCUCUCUCAUCAGAUGCUUCCCAUUCAAAUUCUGGUAAUGCACACUCCAGUAGUAAGCCUACCAAUAUGAAAGAAAAGCCACUAAUUGAGCAGACACGGAGGGCAAUCCUGGAAUCACAAUCAAGCAGGUUCCAUGAUUUCAAUGCCAAGAAGGUGUGGAUGUGCUGUGCUGUUCUGAAACUACACUUAUCUACACUUGAAGUCUCCUAG